AUGAUCAGGUGGGCAACGGGGAAUCAGCGCAACUGGGAUUGCACAAGCUAUGAGAAGGCGGCUGGGGGCGCAGCCUGGGAUGUCCUGUCGAGUCACGAGAUGGGCGAUCCUGGGGACCAGAGCGAGUUGCUGGAGGCUACGAUCACGGCGGUCCUGGACCUGGUCAAGGCCUUCGAGAAGGUUUGCCUGCACGUGCUGUGGGAAGCGGGCAGGCAGCUCAACUUCAACACGGGUGUAUUGGCAGCGGUGUGUUCAUACUUUGCGAUGGCGAGGGGGCUGGUCGUAGGCGACGCGGUGUCCAGCGAGACGAGAACGGUCAAGGCCAUCAUCGCGGGUAGCAAGUUUUCGGCGCGCUUCUUGAAGAUGGUCAUACAGUCUACGGUGGACGGCCUGGUCGUGGACACGCCACGAGUCACGUGGCGCAUGUACGUAGACGGCCGGUGCGUGAGGCUAGGGCAGCAGCAGCAGCGCAUCGUGCAGGAGUUGAGCGACGAAAUUGACGCGUGCUUCCAGGGUUUCGGCAAGCUGGGCCCGAAGCUCUCGGUGGGAAGCCAAGGCAAAGGAGCGGUCAUGGCCAGCACUAAGUGGGAGCGCAAGGCGGUGGCGAAGGACAUGGAAAAGGGAGGGCUGCCAGUCGUGCGGGCGUGUCCAUGCCUCGGGGUGGACCUGGUAGCGCGCGGAACAGCGGCGAAGAGCAAGAGCGGCAAGAAACACAAAGGGGAGCACCUGCAGCGGGGCAACGUCGAAGGCAUGAUGAUGAAGGCGUGGAAAAGGCAGCAGCAGGAGGUGGGCAUGAAUCCGAUGUGGGCCAAAGUACGUGGGCCAGCGGGGGCGGUCAUCAUGUCCCUGAGGCGAGCGGGGUGGGCAUGGCCAGCCCGGUGCACAGUCAUCUCGCAGGACGGGCGCGAGCUGGACAUGCGCGAGGCGUGCCCCAUGGACGUGGCGGCGCUGCUUAAGAAGGACGUGCAGCAGCAGCUGUGGGAGGCCUGGACAAAGGCAGAGGAGCGCGAGAGCCUGAGACCAGCUCUGCUCGCGGCCCCCGCCGUGGCCCAGCUGCGCGCAAGAGAUUCCCCGAAGCACGCCAAGAACGCAGCAGAGAAGGCCUUCGUGAGCGGGAGCUGGACCAUGAGCAAGCUGUGCCAGUGCAACAUCGCGCCGACGGACAUCUGUAUGGCGUGCGGUGAGUCUGGGGGCACCCCGCACCACAGGUACUACAAGUGCCCAGGCAUCCGGGAGCUGAGGCUGAAGGCACAGCCCGAGUGGCAGACGGCGGCGGAGCAGCAGGAGGACAACCUGCCGUGGACACGGGGGCUCGUGCAACACCCAGAGGCGGAUUGGAAAUUUGUGGGGAUCGACGAAGGCCAGUACAUGCACCAGGCAGUAGAGGGGGACGAGGACUACAUCCCUGGCGACAUCGCGUGCGACGGGUCGAAGCCCGGAUACAGCGACUGGGCGCAGACGGGCUGGGCGGCCAUGUCGAUCGACGAAGAAGGCAAGCCGAGGUGCCAGAUGUGGGGGCCGUUGCCGUACAACCUACCAGUACACAGAAGGGUCAAGCGAGCGGAGAUGCGGGUCUUCUGCAAA